AUGGGCGGCUGCGUGCAAGACGAGAACGCCCUCUCCGCCAACGCGCAGGCUGCCACCUGCGACGCGGCCAUGGCGGCAAAACCCGGCGACGAGGGCGGGCUCGGUGCGGUGGCGGUGCUGCAGGCUCCCUCGCCCUGCAGGCCCUCCGCGGCUGCCGCGGCGGGGGGCGGCGGCGACCAGGCGGCGCAGCACGGCGCUGCUCGCGCCAAGCUGACGCCCAGUGGCGCCGAGCUGGAGCGCCGCUACUUUGAGGCUCGGGGGUCGGAGGCCGAGCGAGGCGAGGACCAGGGGCGCGCCGAGGAGCGGGGAGCGAGCGCCGCGAGGGCCGCCGAGGCCGCGGGGGGCUCGGGGCUCGGGGGGAGCGAGGCCCUCCGCCUGCUCGCCGCGGGCCUCCGUGGGGUGCACACGGGACCCGCGCCGACCGGGGAGACGGGCGCGAGCGGUGUCGAGGUCGAGGGGGCCUGGGCGGUGCUCGCUCACGGGCAGGUGCUGGGGCGUCUGGCAACGGUCUGGAGCCCGAAGCCGGUCUCGGCGGCGCUGGCCUCGUGCUUCGGGGAGGGGAUGGGGCGGCCUUCCCCGAGCCACGCUCCCCUGGCGCUCCUGCGCCCGCCGCCCCGGGGCCCCAGGGCCGCCAGAGCGGCCGAGCUGCGCUGCGGCGGCCGCGCUGCGGCGCCCGCGGCGGCUCCGCGCUCAGCGUCAGAGCCGCUCGUGCGCCCUGGGCCGUCGGCGAUGCGGCUGCCAGCCCGGGCUGGGCCACUGGAGUCAUUCCUGACUGGGCCAGUCUGGCUGCGCCUCGUGUCCCAAAUGCCCAACGGUGGUAAGAAUUGCACCCACAGCCCCGCGGUCGCCGCGCCAACGACGGACACUGCCGACGAUGCGCACGCGCCGAUCGACCUCACAUAG